AGAGUAAAGCGAGGAGGGCUGUUGUUAUGCAGGGGCAAUACCGGAAAAUGAGUGAUGGUAGAAGAGGCUGUUGUGCGUAGAGACUGGAGAGCAGAGAGCAUCGUUCAAAGGCUGGGGGUAUCAGAGCUGUGGAAGAGGUGAAGAACAAGGAAAGUGACAGUGGUGGUGGUUGUUGCAGUUAAUGUUAUCAUCCCUGCAGAGUGCAGCUACCUCUUCUUUUCUGGACUUCCCGCCUUCAAAGUCCUCAUAAGUCGCGCUUUCUUUUUCCCCUUUCUAUUAUCUUCCAACAACCACCUCUCGCUCUGUUAAAUCCACCUUCAUUCUCUCUUCUUCCUCUUUCGGCUCCCGUAUUCAUUUUCUUAACUCUAAUCCUAACCGAUCAGAAGCUUGGGUUAAUUUCUCCGGAUUCUUAAUUAAGUGCUUCUAUCAAGUUCUUGUAUACGUCCAUUUCCCCUCACCUGUCUCUGUCCCUCCCCCCCAACCGAUGGAAACAUCCGAGAAUUGUUCUGUCAAGGUUGCUCUGCACAUUCGUCCUCUCAUUGCUGAUGAACGCCAGCAAGGUUGUAGAGAAUGUGUUAGCGUCACUCCAGGAAAGCCCCAGGUUCAAAUAGGGUCACAUUCAUUUACAUUCGAUCAUGUUUAUGGAAAUGGUGGAUCACCUUCGUCUGCUAUGUUCGAAGAAUGCAUUACUCCAUUGGUUGAUGGUUUGUUUCAAGGAUACAAUGCUACUGUUCUUGCUUAUGGUCAGACGGGAUCUGGGAAAACUUACACGAUGGGAACUGGCUAUAGUGACAAUUGCCGAACUGGAAUAAUUCCUCAAGUUAUGGAUGCCUUGUUCAACAAGAUUGAGACAUCAAAGCAUCAAACAGAAUUUCAGUUGCAUGUCUCAUUCAUUGAGAUUCUGAAGGAGGAGGUGAGAGAUUUGUUGGAUACGUCAUCCGUGGCCAAACCUGAAAUCUCUAAUGGUCAUUCUGGAAAACUAUCUGUCCCUGGGAGGUCAUCAAUACAGAUUCGUGAAACAUCAAAUGGAGUGAUAACACUAGCAGGUUCAACUGAAGUUUCUGUUAGUACUUUACAGGCAAUGGCUGCUUGCUUGGAGCAGGGUUCAUUAAGCAGGGCAACAGGAAGUACAAAUAUGAACAACCAGUCCAGCCGGUCGCAUGCCAUCUUCACCAUUACAUUGGAACAGAUGCACAGGCUUCAUUCAAAUUCUCCUGGCAGUGACACUUCCGAUGAGGACAUGGGUGAAGAAUAUCUUUGUGCAAAGCUCCAUUUGGUGGAUCUAGCGGGAUCUGAACGAGCUAAAAGAACAGGAUCUGAUGGUCUUCGAUUAAAAGAAGGUAUCCACAUUAAUAGAGGUCUUCUUGCACUUGGUAAUGUCAUUAGUGCACUGGGAGAUGAAAAAAAGCGAAAAGAGGGUGUACACGUCCCUUACCGGGAUAGCAAACUCACUCGACUUUUGCAGGAUUCACUUGGUGGAAACAGCAAAACUGUCAUGAUAGCUUGUAUCAGUCCUGCCGAUAUCAAUGCCGAGGAAAGUCUUAACACUCUUAAAUAUGCAAAUCGUGCACGCAAUAUUCAGAACAAGCCUGUUGUCAAUAGAGAUUUACUAUCCAAUGAGAUGCAGCAACUUCGUCAGCAGUUAAAAUGCUUACAGGCUGAACUUUGUGCUCGUGGUGGAUGUCCUACUAAUGAAGUGCGGGUUCUUAAGGAAAGGGUUGCUUGGCUUGAGGCAACUAAUGAGGAUCUCUGUCGGGAACUUCAUGAGUACCGCAGUAGAUGUGCAACUGACACGCAAGAUGGGGAUAUUUGUCCUGUGAUUGAUGGACUUGAUAGUGGCCUUCAGAGCCUAGACUCGUCUGACCACCAAAUGGCUGAAAGCAUAUCAGAGGAAAAUUCUAUAGAAUCAGAUGAAGCAACGAAAGAGUUGGAGCACGCACUCUUGCAAAAUACUAUGGAUAAAGAGAUGAAUGAGUUAAAUAAGCGCUUGGAGCAGAAAGAGUCUGAGAUGAAACUCAUUGGGGGAAUCGAGGUGGAAACUCUCAGACAGCACUUUGGAAGAAAAAUUAUGGAACUCGAGGAAGAGAAGAGACAAGUGCAGAAAGAAAGGGACCAUUUGUUAGCUGAGGUAGAAAAUCGUGCCACUAAUUCGGAUGGACAAGCACAUAAAAAUCAAGAUAUUCGUGCCCAAAGAUUGAAGUCACUGGAAUCACAGAUUUUAGAUCUAAAGAAGAAACAAGAAAGCCAGGUUCAGCUUUUAAAGCAAAAGGAAAAAAGUGAAGAAGCUGCAAAAAGGCUGCAAGCUGAAAUACAAUAUAUUAAGGCUCAAAAGGUUCAGUUGCAGCACAAAAUGAAGCAAGAGGCCGAGCAAUUUCGACAGUGGAAGGCCUCUCGUGAGAAGGAAUUGCUUCAGCUGAAAAAAGAGGGGAGGAGGAAUGAAUAUGAAAGGCAUAAACUUGCGGCUCUAAACCAGCGCCAAAGAAUGGUUCUUCAGAGGAAGACAGAGGAAGCGGCAAUGGCUACAAAAAGGCUAAAAGAAUUGUUGGAAGCUCGCAAAUCUUCUCCCCGUGACAAUUCAGUUAAUUCUAAUGGACAUCUGCUGCCUGGGCAGACGAAUGAAAAAUCUUUCCAGAGGUGGCUCGAUCAUGAGCUUGAAGUCAUGGUCAAUAUGCAUGAAGUUCGUGCUGAAUAUGAUAAGCAAAACCAUGUACGAUCUGCAUUGGAAGAAGAGCUGGCUUUACUGAAACAAGUAGAUCAGUUGCCAGAUGGACCAAGUAUCCCUAAAGGAAAGGACAGAUAUUCCAGACUGUUAUCCAUGUCACCAGAUGUGAGAACGGCAAGAAUAGCUUCUCUUGAGAACAUGCUCAGCAUGUCUUCAGUUGCUUCAAAAAGCAUGGCUUCACAACUUAGUGAUGCAGAAGAAAGGGAACGUACAUUAAACAAUCGUGGACGUUGGAACCAAUGCCGCUCAAUCGGAGAUGCUAAGAACAUGCUUCAGUAUUUGUUUAAUGCAGCAGUGGAAGCCAGGUGCCAAUUGUGGGAAAAGAACAUGGAACUUAAGGACAUGAAAGAGCAACUAAAUGAGCUUGUAAUGCUACUACAGCAAAGCGAAAUACAGCGAAAAGACCUCCUGAAGGAGCAAAAAAUGAGGGAACAAACCGUUGCCAUUGCAUUGAGUACAUCUGCAUCGGCAAAUUCGCGAUCGCUGAAACACUUCGCUGAUGAAUUGAGUGGUCCAUUGUCUCCCAUGUCAUUUCAUGCGCCAAAGCAGCUCAAAUUCACCUCUGGAAUUGUUAAUGGCUCAGUCAGAGGGUCAGCUGCAUUUCUAGAUGAAACUCGAAAGAUGAUACCCAUUGGACAGUUGUCAACAAAGAAGCUAGCAGCCGUAGGACACGCUGGAAAACUUUGGAGGUGGAAGAGAAGUCACCAUCAAUGGUUGCUGCAGUUCAAAUGGAAGUGGCAGAAGCCAUGGAAACUCUCAGAAUGGAUCAAGCACAGUGAUGAGACAAUCAUGCGGUCGAGGCCUCGAGCACUUCAUUCAAUUGAUGUAACGUCUUGAAUUAAGGAAAAAUUCUCGUGACGUUAUCACCACAUUGACUGCCAUGUAUUAAAACACAUGGUUUGGCGACAGUCCAAUUAGUAGCAGGCAUGUUGCAUGUUGGGAAUGAGUUUCUUGUCUUCCUCCUUGUCUCGAGUGCUUUUGCCAAGAUGUAGUUCGCUUGUUGGAGGAAAUUCUUCCAUGGUGUUAUGUGCAGGUUGUAACCGCAUAUAAAGGCAACUUGGUGUCAUGGACAAAGUCGCAGGAAAGUAAUAUUUUGAGAAGGUUGAAACUUGAAAGAAUGGUGCGCCACACUGGAUAUAUGGAGGAAGCUAUGAUUGGUGAUGAUGCAGCUUCUCUUUGGAUCUCCUGCUGUGCGAUGGUUUUGCUGUGCCGGAGAUUCAAAGCGUACAAGGGGGGAAAAAUAUUUUCCUCUUUAGGGGACCGUAGGUACUUGGAUGUGUUCUGUACAUAUGUACAAACUCUCCAAAUUGCUCCGAACUAAAUUGUCUAUUUUGUAGUUGUCUUCACCGUAUCAAUGAUUUGUUUGACAACUGUGCAGCUAUUCUUCACUACUAUAAUACUUGGAUCAAAGCAUCAGAAAACA